UGUGCGACUAGUUUGAUCUAUAUUGGCAUUUUCAAGUAUUAUAUGGAGGAAAGAGCGCUUCCUUGGCACAAGUGACCCGUUCUGCCGUUUCCAGCUUUUCUAUGCCCAGACUCGGUUCCAGAUUUUCAGCCCUUGUGGUCGGAAUGGCGCUGCAGAUGCAGAAUAUGCAGAGCGCGUUUCCAGUGCGACCCAGUCAUGGCUACAGGGCGGUGCGACCCUACCAAGCACCGGGGCCUGUGCUGGCCACAGGACUCUUUGCAGGAAGCUCCUUGGGCGAUUGGCUGCGACGGGACGCCGCGGCGUUUCAAGGUCUGCAUUUGCCACGGCGACCUCAUUGGCCGAAUUAUCAAGAGGAGAUCGACCGUGCCGCCGACAGCUUUGGCCCAGAGGGUCAAGUGGCGAUGCGAAUCUUUCCACAGCAGGGCAGAGUUGCAGAUUUUCAGCAAGUGGCAAAUGAGAUUGGCCGUGGUGUCAGCUUGCCGCAGGACCUCAUGUCAGUCAUCAGAGCGGAUAUUUGCGCUCUUGGCCGUACGGUGGCGUCAUUGUGCCCAUGGAGCAAGACCUUCAUCGUGAAAUUGGAGCUGAUGGGCGAACAUUCGUGCCCCCGCUGGCAUCGAGAUGAAUACUGUGCACGUGCCAUUGUCUCCUACAACUUGGCCGGCACGAACUAUGCAACAGAGGACAAUGUGGACUUUUGGGAGCUGGACCACUGCGGCAACAACGACCACAUCAUUCGCGAUGCCUCCAAGGUACGCCAGGUCGGCGUUGGGGAUCUGCUCUUCAUUAAGGGCAGGAAGUUUCCAGGCGCCAGAGGCUUAGUCCACAAGUCGCCGCCGCUGCAAUAUGCCAACAACGUGGUGCUGAAUCGCUUGGUCUUGAAAAUCGACGUACCCUCCUUGUGAGUGGGCUACUGUGGCAGUCUGGAGAUUUGGCUGGCUGGUGAUUGGACAUCUGCCAGUUUGCUCGUUUGCUCGU